UCCGUAACCGACCGACAAACGCCGUGUGCGUGUUUUGCUUCUCUCUUUUAUCUCCGCACGGUCAUCGCGCACGUAACUCCGUUAACAAACGCACUUACGCACGCACACCGUACUUCGUUUUCUUUCUCCCCGCAGCACUGCAAACAAUGGCAUCAGGCACGCUGUACACGUACUCGAACAACUCCCGGGCCUACAAGGCGCUGAUAGCGGCUCAGUACAGCGGUGCUGACGUAAAGGUCGAUCCGGCCUUCGAGUUCGGCGUCACCAACAAAGAUGAGACGUUCCUGAAGAAGUUCCCGCUAGGGAAGGUGCCCGCUUUCGAGUCCAACAAGAAGGAAUAUUUGACCGAAAGCAAUGCCAUCGCUUACUUCGUGUCCAAUGAGCAACUUAAAGGUUCAACUCCAUAUGAAAAAGCACUUGUGCAGCAAUUCAUCAGCUAUGCUGACAAUGAAAUAUUGCCUGCUUCCCAUGCUUGGGUCUAUCCUUCUCUUAGUGUUGCUCAAUUCAACAAAUUGUCUGUCGAAAGAGCAAUUGAAGAUGUCAAAGGAAUUUUUACAUACUUAAACAACUAUUUAUUAACAAGAACUUACUUGGUUGGUGAACGUAUUACUUUAGCUGAUAUCUCAGUUGCCUGUUCGUUGCUUCAACUAUAUCAACAUGUUAUAAACCCAGAAUUCAGACAACCAUACGUCAAUGUCAAUAGAUGGUUUGAUACAAUUGUCAACCAACCAAAAGUAGUUAAAGUCAUUGGAAAGUUUGAGUACUGUGUUAAGAGUGCUGAAUUUAACCAAAAAACUUAUUCCGAGCUCCAAAGUGGAACUGGUGAUAAAAAACAAUCUGCAAAAAAAGAAAAAGCCCCAAAAAAAGCAUCGGAGCCCAAAAAAGCUGCUCCUAAAGAAGUAGCUGCUGAAGAAGAACCAGAUGCAGCAGACCUCAUUUUAGCUGCAGAACCCAAGUCAAGCAAUCCAUUUGAUGCUCUCCCUAAAGGAACAUUCAACAUGGAUGAAUUCAAGAGAGUGUACAGUAAUGAAGAAGAAUCCAAGUCUAUUGCUUAUUUCUGGGAUCACUUUGAUAAAGAAAAUUAUUCAAUUUGGUUUGGUGAAUACAAAUAUAACAGUGAAUUACAAAAAGUGUUCAUGAGUUGUAAUCUUAUCUCUGGAAUGUUCCAGCGAUUGGAUAAGAUGAGGAAGCAAGCUUUUGCCUCUGUUUGUCUUUUCGGCUCUGAAGGGAAUAGUACAAUUUCCGGGGUGUGGAUUUGGAGAGGCCAUGACCUUGCUUUUGAAUUAAGUAAUGAUUGGAAAGUAGACUAUGAUGUCUACACAUGGAAAAAAUUAGAUGCUGACAAUGAAGAAACAAAGAAGUUAGUCAGUGAUUACUUUGCAUGGACAGCCAAAGACAAAGAUGGCAGACCUUUCAACCAAGGAAAAAUAUUUAAAUAAAUACUACUGCUUUAUCAUAUAAAAUUGAUCAUAUUAACAAUAUAAAAAAAAAGAA